AUGGUAUUUCCUAGUCGGGGCUGCAUCACCUGUAGGAAACGGAGAAUUAAGUGUGAUAUCGUUCAUCCCACUUGUGGUAGAUGCAAUAAAGCAAGUCGGACUUGCGUCUGGGACGAGAAUGAAGAGGCUGGCUUGGUGUUCAAAAGUGAAAAUGCCUUCGCUCAGGGUAAACCCCGUCGCCCAUGGAAAGCAAGAGAGCGAGACGGAAAAGAAGUAGCAGAAGCAUCGGGUUCUUCACCGGAUAUCUCCGUAUCUCCAACUCCACCACCUGCACCUGCCCCUGAAGAGGAUGAACCGUUUCGUUUCUGGCUCGAAAACUACAUGUUCAGAGACGACGAGAUCCCCGAGUUUGUAUGCGAGUACAACCACUACAUCAUAGCCUACCGGGAUAAGACUCAGCCCGGGUCGAGUCUGCAUUUAGCUGUGUCCGCUCUUUCUCACGCUGUUUUCGGUCGUGCGAUGCAAGUAGAGAAGGCCAUUGAAAAUGCCGAUUUGCUAUUUUCUCGGAGUAUAGCGAGGAUGCAGAGUGUGUUUCGUGAACUGACGCAAGAGAAUAUCCACGAGAUUCUAGUCACGGCUAUGUUGAUGGCCUUCUACGAGAAUAUCAUGUAUGGACAUGAGAGACAUCACAGCCGGAAAAAAGAUUCGUCGUCGUCCUGGGAUCCAGACAUAACGGGUUCUCGGUUUUGGGAGAAUAUAUGUCAUCACAAGGGAGCCGCAGGAUUGUUGAAGCUAAGACAAGAACGCGGAUGGACGCCAGACCUUCCCCUGGAAAGAGCUGCGCGACGGCAGUUGGUCCGAACGUGUAUCCUCCGUGGCAUUCCUGCAGCUCCCUGGCUUCAGGAUGGCGCAGAGUUCGGCGAAGAAGGUCCUGUGCUAGGUUUGGACUCACUCAUGGUCCGUGUAGCUAGCCUUCGCGCGAGAUCGUUGCACAUUUUCCUUCCGAAGAGUGAGAGGUUCUCAUCUCAACUUAGCCCAAUCGACAUCGCGUCUGAGGCUCGAGACUUAGAUAUGUCACUAGAAUCGUGGUCUCGUAAUGUUCCCGAAGACUGGAGGUUUUCCACGCAGCCAGACCUAUCAAUCGAUUCCAUGUUCGAUGGACUAGUUCACACCUACACCAGUCAUGGCCAUGCUACCAUUUGGAACAGGUACCGUGCUCUUCAUAUAAUCGUCAAUAGUAUUCGAAAACGAGCGCUCUUCGUCGCUUCCCAAUGUUCCUCCCAAACCAUAUCGACGAAUAUGGAACAAGAGAUGUGUCUUGAGAAGAUAUCCUUACUUUCAGCAGACUUGUGCAGAGCUAUUCCAUUUUUCAUUGUGCCACAACCUUUGAGACACAAUUCCCCUUUCGAGGGACCAAGCAGGGUCAACGAGAAUGCCGCCAACGCUCAUUAUGAGAUUUUACCCAAGCUCGCGACACUCCUCGCAUGGCCCUUAACAUUAGCAGUCAGCACAGAUGCCGUACCAGAGCCCCAAAAGCAAUGGCUGAAGACGAAACUGAAAUCCAUUGCUAAAUCCCUAGGAGAUUCCAUCCUAGAAACCGUCGCCGAACAGAGUGAAUUCAGGUUCUAA